CUCUAUUAGUCCGUACACAAUAUUACAGUGAACAUAUCAUGUAACGGAUCCAACAGUGUGUCAGUUUAUGUUUCCGACAGGACUCUUAUCAGGUCACAAUGCUCGACUUCAGUGCACUCGUGUACGCGUCUGUUGUUGUGUUGUGCAGCGCAGGUCCUUUACUGAAACACAGACAUGAAGAGAACAACAGACCGAUCAUCGGUAUUCUGACUCAAGAGGUUGAUGAUGAUUAUAUGAAAAGGUUUGGCAAGACCUACAUCCCUUCAUCUUAUGUGUCCUACAUAGAAUCCGGGGGAGCUAGAGUUACACCAAUUAGGCUAAACCAGAGUUUGGCAGAACAUGAAAAAAUCUUCAGGUCAAUAAAUGGCCUUCUUCUCAUUGGGGGCACAGCCAACCUGGAGACAUCUGACUUUGCUCACACCGCUGGACUGUACUUUAGACUUGCCCUUGAGGCAAACGAUGUGGGUGACUACUUUCCCAUAUGGGGAACAUGUCUGGGAUUGCAGCUGCUUACUGUGUUAGUGGCUGGAGAAAACCUGCUGAGUAAAACUACUGCAGAGAAUGUCGCAUAUCCACUAAACUUCAGCUCAGAGGCCGCAACCAGUCGCAUGUUUAAGGGCUUUCCAUCAGAUCUUCGUAAAGCAUUGUCCGAGGAACCACUUACUGGAAAUUUCCACCAUUACGGAGUGACUAAAGAGACAUUUAUGGGUAAUGAAAAAUUGAAUGGCUUCUUUUCAAUACUGUCCACAAAUGUAGCAGAAAAUGGAGCUGUGUUUGUUUCUUCCAUGGAAGGCAGGAAAUACCCUUUCUAUGGUGUUCAGUGGCACCCAGAAGUGAACUGCUUUCAGUGGAACCCUCGUUACAACUUCCCUCAUUCAAACAAUGCAGUGCAUGUGUCGUCCUUACUGGCUCAGUUCUUCGUAAAUGAGGGCAGGCAAAGUUCCCACCACUUCAGUGUGGUAGCAGAAGAGAGCAGAGCACUUAUAUACAACUACAACCCUGUGUAUGUGGGAAAUAUCUCUUCAUAUGAAAAGUGUUAUUUCUUCUGAGAGACACAACAUAGGAGGAUACUGAGAAAGAAAACCAAUAAUAAAAUUUUUUAAAUCUUUUUAGAUUUCAAAUAUUUUAUAUUUAUAACUUUUUUCAACAGGUGUUAUAAUCACUUACACACUGAAAGACAAUAAAAUUCAUUGUUUUUAAAUUA